AUGAGCUUAGCUAAUAAUUCAUCUAUAAAAAAACCAUCCGCAACUGGUACGACUGAUUCACCAUAUCUUGGCUCAAAAAUUAGUCUGGUUUCAAAAGCCAAAAUACGUUAUGAAGGUAUUCUAUAUACAAUUGAUGCAAAUGAAUCAACUGUUGCACUUUCAAAAGUGCGUUCUUUUGGCACAGAAGAUCGUCCAACAGAUCGACCUGUACCAGCUCGUGAUGAAAUCUUUGAAUAUAUUAUUUUUCGCGGUGCCGAUAUUGAAGAUUUACAAGUUCGUGAACCUCCACAAAGUACACUUACACAAGAUCCAGCUAUUGUUGAAUCAUCUAUGUAUCCAGCUGGUGCUCGUUCCACUAAUAUGGGAACAAAUAAUCUUGGAGGUAACCAAACACGUUCAUCAUCAAAUCAAGGUACAAUGCCAUCACCACCUGUCCAACAAGGUCUUGGUAAAGGAUUAAAAUCCUCAUCAAAUACAGAUCCAUUACGUCAGUUAAAUUUAAAUCAACAACAAACAUCAAGACCAUUUAGUCAACAACCAACAUCAGCAGCACAACAUGACGGACAAGAUUAUUCCUAUAAUAAUCAACGACGAGGUCGUCAACAACAAGAUUAUUACAAUGAUUUCAGUAGUAAUAACAAUAAUAAUAACACUAACAACCGUCGAGGAAAUCAAAAACAGGGUUAUGCAGAAUGGCCUCGUACUAAUAAUAAUAAUAAUUCAGGUUGGGAUAAUAAUGGUUAUCGUCAACAACAACAACAACAACAACAACAACAAACACAACGAUAUCCCCGACAACAACAACAACAACAGCAACAACAAAAUUAUGAAGGAAAUCGUUUCUAUCCACAAAAACGUACAAAUAAUGGUCAACAAGGUUAUAAUAAUUAUUAUAACUAUCGUGAACGACGUAAUUCAACAGGUGGUAUAACAGGUAAUCAACAACGUAAUAAUACUAAUAAUAAUAAUCGUCAACAACGUGAACGUACUGAUUCUAUACGUGGUAAUAGUAAUAAUCGAUCAACAUUAAAAUUUAUCGGUGAUUUUGAUUUUGAAAAAUCCAAUGCUGAAUUUGAUAAAAAUGCUAUUGAAGAUGAAAUUAAAAAAAGUUUAUCAAUUAAACCAACUAAAGAUAAAACUGAUGAGACAUCAACUACUGAAAAUGAUAAAGAAAAAGAAAAAGAAAAUGAUGAACAACAACCACAAGAACAAUCCCAACAACCACCUAAUACAUCAACAGUUCAAUUAGAUCAACAAGAACAUGAUCCAAAUAAUCCAGAUGGUUUCUAUGAUAAACAAAAAAGUUUCUUUGAUCGAAUCUCAUGUGAAACAACAGAAAAAGAAAAAACCAUUUCACGUCGUAAUUGGAAUGAAGAACGUCGAAUUAAUGCUGAAACAUUCGGUUUAAAAUAUCGUCCAAUGCAACAAACUGGUAAUUAUAAUCAACGUAAUGGACAAGGUGGUUAUAAUAAUUAUAAUCGACGAAAUAAUAAUGGUCAACAAUCAUAUUAUGGUAAUGGUGCUCGUUAUCAACGUGGUGGAGGUGGAAAUUAUGGUGAUGGUCAACAACGUUCUCGAAAUACAACCUAUUAUAACAAUACAAACAAACGAAUGCAAGCUUAUUAG